GAGUUCUCGUUUGUUGGAAGAAAAUGGUGGCUUGAUAGACGAAGCACAUGAGUCGCGUUUGAAGUCACAUCUCAUUGAUUAAUUUGGGGAUUGUUUAAUAUUUUUGUAAUUUAGUAGUUGGCGAAAUGAACUCGAUCCCUGGAUCAAUCGCCUUCGACGAAUACGGCAGGCCGUUUAUCAUCAUUAAGGAUCAGGACAAGCAGAAAAGACUCACCGGUAACGAUGCCAUCAAGUCCCAUAUUUACGCUGCUCGUAGUAUUGCCAGUACCUUGCGAAGCUCCCUGGGCCCAAAGGGCCUGGACAAAUUGAUGGUGAGUCCCGAUGGGGAUGUAACAGUUACUAAUGAUGGAGCCACGAUUCUCAAGAAGAUGGACGUCGAUCAUGAGAUCGCUAAGCUUAUGGUCCAGCUCUCGCAGUCUCAGGAUGAUGAGAUUGGAGAUGGAACCACUGGUGUUGUGGUUCUGGCUGGAGCUCUGCUGGAACAAGCUGAAACUCUCCUGGAUAAGGGGAUCCACCCCAUCAGGAUUGCUGAUGGAUAUGAACUUGCAGCCCAGUGCGCUGUCAAGCACUUGAAUACCAUCGCCGAGUCAUUCCCAGUAAAUCCCGACGAUUUGGAGCCAUUGAUUAAAACUGCUAUGACCACUCUUGGCUCUAAAAUCAUCAACAAAUGCCAUCGACAAAUGGCAGAAAUAGCCGUUAAUGCCGUGAUGGCAGUGGCAGAUCUUGAGAAACGUGAUGUCAAUUUUGAGUUGAUAAAACUUGAGGGGAAGGUUGGAGGGAGACUCGAGGAUACUGUUCUCGUUCGUGGUGUUGUAGUGGACAAGGACUUCAGUCAUCCCCAGAUGCCCAAGAGACUUCAAGAUGUGAAAUUGGCUAUUUUGACGUGUCCAUUCGAGCCACCCAAGCCGAAGACCAAGCACAAGCUCGACGUCACUUCAGUAGAGGACUAUAGGAAGCUUCGUGAGUACGAGAAAGAGAAAUUUACUGAGAUGGUGGACAUGGUCAAGGCUGCUGGGGCAACUCUAGCCAUCUGCCAGUGGGGAUUUGAUGACGAGGCUAAUCAUCUCCUUCUCCAAAAGCAAUUGCCAGCAGUUAGGUGGGUCGGUGGGCCUGAAAUUGAGCUCAUCGCGAUUGCCACCGGUGGGAGGAUCGUCCCCAGAUUCGAGGAAUUGACUCCAGAUAAGCUUGGAUAUGCUGGUGUUGUCAGGGAGCUUUCAUUCGGUACUACGAAAGACAAGAUGCUGCUUAUUGAGGAAUGCAAGAACUCCAGGGCUGUUACUAUCUUCAUCAGAGGUGGAAAUCAAAUGAUCGUUGAAGAGGCAAAGAGGUCGAUCCAUGAUGCCCUCUGCGCAGUCAGAAAUCUUGUGACCGACGAGAGAAUCGUCUAUGGAGGUGGUGCCUCAGAAAUUUCUUGCGCAAUAGCGUGUGCAGCUCAGGCGGACAACAUCGGCUCCCUGGAACAAUAUGCUUUUCGUGCAUUUGCCGAGGCCCUACAGGCUAUUCCCAUGGCACUCGCUGAAAAUGCCGGUCUGUCCUCAGUCGACGCUCUGGCGGAGGCCAAGGCCCUCCAGCUUUCUGAAAAUAACUCAGCUCUUGGCAUCGACUGCAUGAAUUGCGGCACUUGCGAUAUGAAGGUCCAGAACGUCAUCGAAUCCCUCAAGAGCAAGACCCAGCAGAUCUUCCUGGCGACUCAACUCGUCAAAAUGAUCCUCAAAAUCGAUGACAUUCGAUCACCAGCUGAUCCAUCCGAUUUCUAACUCACAAAAUUCAUUUAAUGAAUUUUUGCAUUUUCUACUGGUCGCUUCAUUCACGUUUACUAAAUUUUUAAUCGUUUUCAUUACAAAGAAUUCAGAGCAGCACAAUCUUAGGUGGUUGUGGGCCGACGUCAUAAUAACUUUUAUUUAUAAGGCAAAUAAAGAAUUGUAUUACUAAAAUAA